AUGGAACCGCCGGCAAAGCGCAUGCGCAUACUGCACUCAGUUGAGGUCGACGAAGACAAUGCUGAAUACAUCAAGGCCAAGCAGAAACAACAACAGAAGCUCAAAAGCCGAUUUGAGUCCAUAUUUGAGAAAUUUGGAAACAUGAAUCCAUCUCAAAGCGACGAAAUCGACUUCAACACAAACAGGGUGGUUGUGGAUAGAGGUCAUCUGCGAAGAAUAAAGCGCCAGGCCAAUGGCAAAGAGAAGGCGCUACUGGAAUCUAUAGUCAUGGGAAAUGGAAGCCAUUCGGAGGAUGAUGGAGAUGACGACGAAGAGAAGGGAGAGGGGCAAGAUUCGGAGGACGAACUGGCACUCCCGCAGCUGGUCAAGCCAAAGGCUGCUGGACCGCUUGAGCAAGACAUAAACAAACAACAGACCACAGCCACCGAGACCAAUGCGCCACAGCCUACAAUACCCCAGCACGACUUGCCAGCAACAUCUAUACCGCAAUUCGGCGUUCCGCAAACGCCCAAUCCUUCGAACCCCACCGCAGACCUCCUACGACAUCUUCAGUUUCCACAAACACCUGCGGGACAGCAAGCACAAAGCGCUUUCCACGCCAGUCUACUGCAGACAAUCCACCAAGCUGUUAACCAAGCCGUAGCUGGUCUUGUGCUGCCAAACGCCUCGAUACCCUUCGCAAACGCCGCAGCUCCGCCGAUCACUCCAAUAACAACAGACGACAAGGUAGCGCCUGCGACGGACCCGAAAUGGUUCUUUCCACCUCUGUCUGCACAACCGCGCCAAUGUCCAGUCGCCCAGUCGAGCCCUCUCCCAACCCAUACGACACCACCAAUAGCAAAAGAGACGGACCAACAACCUUCAUACACUAUCUCAAGGGAUGUCGCUGAUGGAAAGCCCUGCGCCUCGAUUCGUACAAGACCGGAUGAAAGCUCACCAACAAGACCCCGUCGAACUAGUCCACGUGUUGAGAUCCAAAGGCGCAUUCCCAGGACUGCAAGGAGAUAUCCCUUCACUCACGAAGAUGAUGUGUACAUAAGCAAGCGCAAGAAAAUAGACGGUGUAUCAUGGGCGGUCAUCAAAGACAGCCAACAAAAGUGGAAGGAGUGGCCAACGACUGCACUUCACAACCGCUGGAAUUUGAUCAAGAAUCAGAAUCUUCACCUACAAGAGCCUGCUGUAGCUCCUAAGGGUGGUCGGGUUGUUGGGGAGGAUCAGGUCUCCAAGGAACCCGCCGUCUCGAAGCCGCCGCACCAUCUGCCGACACCGAGUUCUUCAGAGCAUGAAGACUAUCACCGGAGCCUUGUCCAGUCGACAGAAAGUGACAUUCCGGAUUUGCGAUCGUCGAGCACUCAUUUUGAUGACGAUGACCGUGAUCUAUUAUCCCUUGCUGGCGAUGAUUAUGACGAGGAGCAACUCCCGAUGAACGACGACGACAACGAUACACUUGUCGAUGUAUCUGGGGAUGUAAUACUGCCGUCCAUCGAGACGAGAGAUUUGAUCGAUGAAGAUACAUUACAGAGCGACUUGCUUGCAGAAUUACCAACGCAAGACGAUGUCGCAACACCAGUUCGAGAAUCCUCCUGCAUAGCAAUAAAAGCCGAGCCUGCCUUCUCUUCGCCAACCACACUUCGAACACGAAAGCAUGCAACACCACCUACCGAAGUGAUACCCGAGUCACAAGAAACCGAAGACGAGCUACAGAACGACCAUACCCCUCACAACAUGAUCAUCAGACUCUCAGAAACUAUCAAGCCUGACACAGUCCAACUACCGAAUCCGCAAAACACGCAUACCACCUCUCAUCGGAAAAGCCCAUCCCUCGACCUCAUCGGCACCUCCGCCGACGACGAACUCCUGCCAUCACCGCCCAACCCCACAACUCCAUUCCUAAACCGUAUCCAUGAACCAGCCACCCCGGGAACCGCGUUCAUAUCCACCACAUACCAAACACCCAAAAUCCGCGACCUACAUGACGGCAGUAGUGACAAAGACAGCAAAUCAACAUCGAAAGCCGAUCGAAAAGCAUUCCAUAAACGGAUCAAGAGGGAGUGGACGAGGAAAGGUACACCGGCGAAGGAGAGUGCGGCAAAAAGAAGGAGUUUGGGAGGAUUGGAAGUGAGGAAACGGAGGUGGGUGGAUAUCGAUGGGGAGGGGAGUGAGGAUGAACUCGCUAAGUUAUGA